AUGGGGGAGACGCAGAGGAAGGUGGCGAGGGAGAUAGGACAGAGGGGGGUGAGGUGGGAGAGGUUGCCGCAGGGGAUGGGGAGGAGGAAGGCGAAUGGGACGAGUUGGAGUAGGAAGAGGGGGUGUUUGGUGUGGCAGGUUGAGUGGGUUGCUCCUGGCACCUCCUCCAACUCGUCCACCACCAGCGGCACUUCUACCACUUCUACCACCGGAACUUCCACCGCAUCAGCAGCGACAACGCCGACUGUCCCGGGGAUGCUGGGACCGCUGAGUAAGAUACUUGCUACUACACCGCUUGAGGAGGCAUACACCGCUUUUCUGGAGGAAACGAGGCGCGCGGCUCUGACGCCUGAAGAGAAAGCUGGGGAGAAGAGGAGGAGAGCUGUUGAGGUCGCUGAGAGUGCGGGAGGGGGGAAGAGGGUUAAGCCUUCGCCUUCGCCUGGUGUUGAGGUGGCUCCACAACCGGAGGGACAGCCUGAUACCAGCGAGGCGUCGAUGGCGGAGGGACAGCCAUUGCCAGAUACUACCACCGACACUACAGCGGAAGAUGAGAAAGCUACGCCCACACAUGCACAACCACAACCACCACAAACCCAAACGAAAAGUGCAUACACAUUCUACCUCCACCGCCCCCUAACCCUCUCCUCUGGCCCCACCGUCCUAAUCCCUCUCCGCGGCGAUGAGGGGUUAGACACACAGUUAUUAGGCAAACUAAUCCUGGAGUUUCCGAGGCUGUAUGUGUUUCCUGCUGGUUCUGCUGUGCCGGGGGGGUUUGAGGUUGAGGGUGGUGAGGAGGGGGGUGGGGGAGAAGAUGGGGAGGAAGGGGAGGGGGGAAGUGAGGAGGAGGAGGGAGGGGAGGAGGAGGUGGUGAGUGAUACCAGUUCGAGUGGGAGUAGCUCUGAGGAGGAGGAGAGUGAGGAGGAGACUGAUGGGAGUGGAGAUGGGCGAGACGGAUCCGGUGCGGAAGGGGGAGAGGGAGCGGGGGGUGGUGAGGAGGUGCUGGGUGCGGAGGCUACUGCGCCAUGCUGAGGUUGUAUGAGAUUUUGUAUAUGUUGUGCGGAGGGAUAGUGUGUAGAUAUUGUACAGUAUGUACUUAAUAAUACCCCAAACCACAUCGCACCCCGCUCUUCAAUCCCCCCAAAAGAAAUCCAGCUCCAGAGACUCAACCAACACCGUAUAUAACCCACGCGCCCCCCAUGCAGCAAACACAUCGACAAACAGAAAUUGGUGGACGUCAUUCAGAUGCUGGGGUGUCUACCUCGACUCGUUUCCGUGCGUCAUUGAUCUGCGUCUAGGUUUAAAUCGUAUCUGUUUUUUCCACAGUUUUUUGGGGUGUCUUGGUUGGGGUUGACUUAGUCCAAGAGUCAACAUUGUAACAGACAAACUCGAGCGAACCAGGAGACCUGGAAUUGGAAUGCCCAGCCAACUACUUGACCGCCUAGUUUGGGAGGGUAGGUUGGUUGGACGGUGACGGGAUCUUUCACCGCUCAGAAUUCCUGGCGACAACAACCCACUGCCGUCUUCACCUCCAACCGCCACCAACUGACAUCUCCACCCUAUGAGCAAGAGCGCACACAUAUUUGCGAUCCGCUUCGCUGGUAGGGCAUUCGUUGGUGCCAUAUGUUGUGGUUGCUGAGUUAGUAGGGGUGGAUGGGGAGGUAUAUAUAGACGUUUAUGAGGGGUUCGGGAAGUUGAUCGGCGGAGG